AUGGCACCACCGUCUCUAUGUCCCUAUGCGUUUGGUGCGCUCUACAACCACCCAUUCGAGGGUCUCUUAUUCGACUCUCUGGGUGCAAUCGUAGCGGAGAUGGUAAGCGGCCUCUCUAUUCGACAGGCCAUCCUCCUCUUCACCUUUUCGACACUGAAGACGGUCGAUGACCAUUGCGGAUAUUCGCUUCCUUUCGACCCACUCCAGCUAUUCUUCAGUAACAAUGCAGACUAUCACGACAUCCACCAUCAGGCCAUUGGAAUCAAGAAGAAUUUCUCACAACCCUUCUUCAUCCACUGGGACGUCAUCCUUGGUACUCGAUUGACACGAGCAGAGGUCAAUGCCAAGACGAAAAAGGCCAAAGUCAACGGAAAUGGCGUACAUAAAGAAAAUGGGCACGCCAACGGUGACGCUCACAAGCUCAAGCUGGAAUAG